UCUCGAGCCCCUCAAAAUCCCAAGACAGAGCUGAGCAGCUCCAGAUACCGAGUUACGGAAUACAAUGAAGAAUUGAAGAAAGGAAAAAACAGACACUGAGACUGGGCGGUUUUGUAAAAUACUUGCUCCGCUGGGAAGUUCAACCUGGCCUCUUUCACCCGGGGAUUGGCACCUUUCGAGGAUAGGCUGUUGGACCCCUGUAACCUGCAGCUAACUGCAGCCUCAGAACGCUAUCGUACCUGCCUUACGCGAGACCGAGCAUCAUCGACUUCGAAAAAAUAGUUUGGAGAAACAGAGCUUCAACGGGGACGGUAACACCUCACACGACCAAGCCUUUUCAGCUUCACGACAAGAUCUGCCAUCUACUCCCAUCCCGCCGAUUGCUUUCAAACUCACUCCACAACUUCCGCGAAUAUGGACGGCAUCAGCAAUGGACUCGGUUUUGGAGGAGCUUCGGAUCCCAAGGCAGCGGUUAUGAACCAGGUCAGACAAGAAGCAGCGAUGGCCAAUGCCAGGCAAUUGAUUGAAAAAGUCAAUGAGCAUUGCUUCGACAAGUGCGUUCCCAAACCCGGCUCUUCGUUAUCGAGCAGCGAGACCACAUGCUUCACCUCAUGUAUGGAGAAAUAUAUGCAGGCUUGGAACACAGUUAGUCGGCAAUACAUCACGAGGAUACAGCAGGAGAAUAGCAAGGGUGCUGCUGGUGGAGGAAUGUUCUAGCGUUGUAUUCGGACGCUGGGAAUGGAAAUAAUGACACUGUACGAGUAGGAUUGUAUUUUACAUAUGAUGACCAAAAACGGCGGAAGGCUGCCAUGGAAAGGUCAUAGACGGCAUCAAUCAACUCUUUAUUCG